GACCCUGUUGAGCUCGACAUCAACGACUAUGGAGAGAAGUUCGGCGUGGACCUCAUGAUGUGGGCGGUCUUACUCGACAAGGAGUACAACGGAGUGGCCGCUCACAUUCGCGCCAUACACCCGAAAACAGAAGGCAGUGAAUGGUUGUCUUGA